UUUCAAGGGGCUUGCCUCAGUGCGACUCGACUGGAAACGAAAAUAUGUCGCUCGACAUUUCUAUCAGUUAUUCUACCGAUUAGUUUGUUUGUUUUUUUAUUAGUAUUUUUUAUCUCUAUGGUUUCUGGUGCUUUCUUACCGAAGAUGAGGCAGAAAACGUUGGGUUCUGUCGUGGGCUUGCUUUGCACAGGGACCUGCUUGGCGCAGGGCAAGGAGUUCUGUUUCGGCGUGAACAAUGAGAAGUACAGAUGUGAGAUGGGUUACUGUUGUGGUGAGACCGAGUGCUGCACUUACUACUACGAGCUGUGGUGGUUUUGGUUGGUCUGGACUCUCAUCAUCAUGCUGAGCUGCUGCUGUGCAUACAGACACCGGCGGGUUAAGAUGCGCCUGCAGCAGGAACAGAGGCAGAGAGAGAUCAGCCUCAUGGCCUAUCAGGGAGCCUCCAGUUCUUUCAUCUCCCCACCACCCCUCAACCUGCGCUUCUGGACAGACUGCAAGCUCCCUGAUUAUGAGGAAGUAGUAGGCCAUCCUCCCACACCUCCUCCACCUUACUCUGAGAAUCCUCCAGAAAUUUGCGCUCAGCCGUCUGUCGCUUGUUCAGAGUCAGCUGUGGUGUUGGAGACGGCGCAGGCGGAGGGCAGCAGUGGCGAGUCGCAGGAACCGAACCUUGCAACAGCUGCGGCCCAAUCUGAAUGCAUAGAGCACGGAGUGUCGGACGUGCACCUGGAGGAGGAGCUGAACACCAGACGGAGACACGUGACGGGCGACUCAGGCAUCGAGAUGUGUGUGUGCCAGCUGGACACAGAUGAGUGCUCCGGGAUUGAGGAGGACGAGGGCAGGAUGUGUCAGGGGCCCAGUGGAAGCUGCUGUUCAGAGAGACAGGCUCUCAGACCCAAAGAGAUCUCACACUCACCAGAAUCCAACGGCGAUCAUGUGGUCACAAACGAGGCGACAGGAACCUUGGAGACGGAGCUGCAGGUGUUUUGGCCAAAGGUUUAGAUCAGUGAUUCUCAAAAUGAGGUCUGAUUUUUUUAGUUACACAUUGUCAGAACCUGUUGAUGGACCAUUUAGAAAGAGAAGGCUUUCUAUGUCCCUGUAAUAAAACAAAAAUCUUAUUCUGAUCUUCAGACUGUUCAGGGAUCUGUGAGGUUCAAUGUUUAAGGAGUCACUGACUACAAAACACUUCAGUCCUUCUGGUUUAGUGAGGAAGCCUUGCAGCAUUUCAGGGCUGUUUGGGUUGUGUUUUCAGAUCCUCUCUCGCUAUCUUUCUCUGUCUCUUUCUUGCUCUCUUUCUCUCCCAAGAAUUUAGCCAUAACUCAGUUUCAGUUUCCAUUACACAUCCAGUAGGGAUGUUUACACUCGCCGUGCCUUGUUCUUCAUAAUGAAGCUUUCCCAAGGAAAAAUUCCCACCCUUCUCUCUCUCUUUCUCUCUCUCUCUCUCUUGCUCUCUCUCUCUCUGUUUUUGUGUCUUCACACCUUCGUACUGUAUCUAACUAUAGGCUAUGCACGCGAAAAUGAAAUGUAGGUAGGCUCUGCAGUGGUUUUGUCAAUACAAGCAAUACUAUUCUCAGUCCACAUUGCACUGCAUCUCAGUACACGUCUACUCUGAGAUGAGAAAUAAUUUGCUACUACAGUCGUUUUGUACACACACGUUUGUACAUUUAGUGUCUUUUGUCAUCUAAAAAUAAAAAGGGUUAAACAAGCGAAAAAGUCUCUGACUUAAGACAGCUCAGCUUGCAGCCUGUCUCUCGCUCCCCUCUGGUCCAGACCUGUUCGAUUCAUUCAGUCCAGUACACUUCCAUCUUGUCGACUUACUUUGAUUCAUUACUGCUACGUUACACACGAUACACAGCUUUGUGUUGAUCCCUGAGCACAUCCCGUCGUUGGAACCGGUUUCUAAUUUUGUUGAUUCAGUUUGCAGCGACUGAAAUCUGAACCGCUGCCUCACAGGACAGUGCGUAGACUCGCCGUAAUAUAGCCGCGUCCUCAUAUAAGCCUGUUCGAAGGCUGUAUGAUUGAAGGGUUUUUUUUUUUUUUUCUUUCAGUCAUGAGUAGGACAGAAGUUCUGUCACGCAUCCACUGACAUUUUUAGCUUCAUAAUCCAUACUAUCAUUCAGUUCAGUUAAAAAGCGUGUACACAUUUAAGUUCUUUGUUACUUAUUUUACUUGUUACUUAGAAGAAGCAGUUGUUUAAGAGCACAGAACUGUUCCUUUUCUUUGUUGCUGUUGCUUGUUACUUAGAUCAAGCCAAAAAAUAAAAAAGGAUGGUGAAAUGGGAGGAAAAAUCUGAAAAUCACUGAGGAGUGUGGGAAAUCCUAACGCUCGGGGUUAGCAAGAAGUCGGCUGUGUACUCUUUGUAUUUUAUUUUUGUAAUAAAAUAAAUAUUGCACA